AUUGAGGGGUUGGAUUAACAUUUUCGAAAUUUGGUUUAGCGCUGCCGCGAUUUCCACGUGGGGCUAACGGUUGUAGGGUGAACUGAACAUGCGUGUGAAGGACGUGAUUUGAAUUUGAGUAGGGUUGUGGGUGAUUCAGACUAUCGGCAGCAGAAGCGUUGAAGCCUAUUGCUGCUGCCUUAUGAUUAAGUGCUAGUGAAAGUGGACCAAUACUGAGAAUACUUCGGAACGAUUUCCAGUGGUGCAUGAGAAGAAAUGAAAGUGCGCGGUGGUGGAUGACUGUUGCGUCGUUGGUGAUCGAGUUGGACCAAAGGUGAUCGCAGCCAGUGCGUGGUGCAGUUAGCACCUAGCUGCCGCACCGGUAGCAGUCCAGUUCUUCGACGACUAGAAACAUCAGGCAGGCACGAUAGAUAGGUGGGGAAAUCCCUUCCGUCCGAUUGGGAUCUAGAGUGGCAAUUGUGUUGUCGGUCGCGCGAGAAGGGUUUGAGAACCUGGGAUUUACCCUCGGACCAGGGGCAUUGUGAGUGAGAGUUGUUUUUGUUAUUGUUACAGUAGAGAAGUGAAAAGUGAGUGAAGCUAAGAAGCCUGUUGAAGAGAACGCAUCUGGACUAGGAUUGAAGCUGAUCCAGUUUAGUGCACGACUCAUACGGGAAGAAGAAACAAGCACAGGUAGAGUUCACGGGAGUGGUUGCUGAACGAGAAGAAGUGUUUGUGAGGGUGUUUUGGUUUAAGGAUUGUGAACAGAGCUGGUGACAGCGGAGCAAUAAUACAGAAGAUGCGGAACGUGUGGAUUUUGGUGGCGAGCGCUUUGCUGGCGUUUGCCAACUUUGUCAAAUCGCAGGACACAGCCAGGAACCUAUACAGUUCGAGAUACGACAACUUGGACAUCGACACAAUUCUUGGCAGCAGCCGGCUGGUCAACAACUACGUAGACUGUUUGCUCAGUCGAAAGCCCUGCCCACCGGAGGGAAAGGAUUUGAAACGAAUUCUGCCGGAAGCGCUUCGCACAAAAUGUGCCCGUUGCUCUGCGACUCAGAAAGAAAAUGCCUUGAAGAUCAUCACCACGCUGUACUACCAGUACCCGGAGCAGUACAUGGCUCUCCGUGAGCGAUGGGAUCCCUCGGGUGAAUAUCACCGCCGCUUCGAAGAGUACAUCGCAGGACUUCAGUUCAACCAGAUCGGUAGCAACGGUAACGAUCGUCCGGUAAGAAACGACUUCGAUCGGGACCAGUCGCAGGUCCUGCUGCAGACGUUGAUCCUCUCGACAACCACCGUCGCACCACCACCGCCACCACCACCAUCACCUCUACCGUCCCAGAAUGCGCUCCCCAAUGGACCCGAGCAACCCCGACCCCAACAAUUGGCUCCGUCGGCACAGCUAACACAACCGGUAGCACCUGUUUCACUUACUUCUACCACAACCGCCUCCAGUACUUCUACUACUACUUUACCCACUACCACUACUACCUCCACUACUACUGAAGCUGCAACCACUACUACUAGAACUACUACUACCACUACUACCGCGGGGACUACGUCUACCGUUCCCAGUAGUAGUAGCAUGACAAACUCGGCGGCGGCAGUGGGAACUACUAGCCGAACGGUAGCCCCCGUGAUCAACCCGCUUCCAUCGUGGAUGUUUGAUCGCCGGCCUCAGGAACAACAAUCACAACAACUUCAACAGGUGCAACAAUCCACCUCCACCAACACAGUCCAAUCACGUCCGAGUCAGCUAGUUGCAAACGGCGCUCAAAAUUCUGAUCAAUCGAACGGGAGUCAAAAUUUCAACCGCCCCUUGAAUUUGGCCGAGCCGGAUGCAACGACGACGGCCCGGACAACACCAUUGAUCACCACCACUAGACUCAUCCUCAGACCGGUCGACGGUUUAGAUUUCUCCACAAACACGCGACCCACGGUGGGCACACUUGGCAAUCGAUUCGGAGGUGAAGAUCCAAGUACCGCCAGUGGAUCGUCAGCGGCGGAAUUCGGAACGACGGCACCAAGUCCGGCCGCAACCGUACGACCAACCACGCGACCAGUCGUACGGCAGACGACGUCACGCAUCGUGACACCACGGCCAACACCGAACAGAUUCCAGCAAUUCGAAGCGGCACCGGCAGGAGCAAUUCCGGUGUUCCGUCCACAGCAACCACAGCAACAACAGCCGGGCCAGGUUCAAGUAUUUGCACAACCAGCACAACCCCAAGCACCGUCACAAACACAAGUCAUCACCUCAUCAUCUUCGUUUGCCGUUGGCGUCGGCCCCACCAUGACCACUCCCAAUAAUGUUAUCGAUAACUUUUUUAUCCCACCCGGCCAGGGCGGAGGUUUCGGGGCGACCAACAACAACCAGAAUAACCCGAACGCGAGCCCCUUCGUCGGUCUGUUCAACAGCAUUGGGAACAAGCUGGCAACGACGGCCGAUGCCAUCGCUGGAAUGCUCCGGAGGACGGUGGAUGUCCUGGUGUCGACGCAUCUGCAGGCCCAUCAACAGCGGCGAUCCGUUAGGAGCAAUUGAGGAGGUCGUGGAUCGAAGGCUUGGGGAUAGAUGGUUGAAAGACAUUUGACAGAAGGCUUAACAUCUUGACAAAUCAUUUUGACGGAAAGAUUCAAGAACAUUUUAAAAUCCUUUUGAAACAUUUAAGGUAUUCCCAACUUUUUUAAAAAACUUUAACAAAAAUCAACAGGAAAGCAGAAAUUACAAAUCUUUGAUUAAGAGUUGAUUUGUCUUUAUAAUUACCAUUUUUCUGAGAAAGGUAGAUUUUCUGUUGUCGUCUGCUAAAUGUCUUUCAACCAUUUGUCAUGACACCCAGCCAAGUGGACAGGGAGGACGAACGAUCAGUGGAACGAUGAUGUGAUUCUUGCCGUUUUAGGCAUUAAGAGUGAAGCUGCGUGGCGACCAAGUCGCCAGCUGCAGAUCAUAUUUUUAUAUUCUGAUUAUGUGUAACUUAUAUUCUUGCAUAUUUUUGUAGUGUUGAAAGAAUUUGAUAUCUCCUCAGAAAAGCGCAACAAAGUAGAAGAGCAAUAGAAGGAGGGAUAAAAGCGAGUGUGUCUCAGUACCAGUGACCUAGUUGUAGUUGUAAGUUGGCUUUUAAAUUUCUUAGAAUGGUGAUAUUGGAGCAAAAUUUGUGCUUGAAUUUUCCUGAGGGAAAAUUUGGUUACAGAAGUGUAGCUGGGCUAUGUUUAGGAAGCUGUGUCUCGUUGCGGUAGUCACUGGAUGAGACAACGGAGUUAGAAAAUGCAACGCAAGAGACGAGAAGAUACGACGAAGGAAGCAAUAUUAUGUAAUCGAUAAGUUUUAUUAAAAAUUAUCUUAAUUCAAAGCUGUG